GGGGGAGCGCGGCCGGGAGACGCUCUCGUUGCCCGCGGGGUCGGGCCGGCCCCGGGAUGGGGGAGUUCCAGGUGCACCGGGUGCGGUUCUUCGCCUACGUGCCCGCGGGGAUCCGCUGCCUGGCUCACAGCCCGCGCUCCGGCCGCCUCGCCCUGGCCCGCACGGACGGCGCCCUCGAGGUCUACAACUUGGCUGCGAACUACUUCCAGGAAAAGGGUAUCCCAGGCCAUGAGACGAGAACCACAGAGGCGCUGUGCUGGGCUGCUGGGGAUCGGCUCUUCGGAGCAGGCCUGGGCGGAGACAUCAGCGAGUAUGAUUUAGAGAAGCUGCGAGUCAAGUACUCCCUGGAUGGCUUUGGGGGCCCCAUCUGGAGCAUGGCGGCUGAUCCCAGUGGCACUCAGCUGGCAGUUGGCUGUGAGGAUGGAUCAGUGAAGCUUUUCCAAGUCUUGCCUGAUAAAAUCCAGUUUGAGAGGAGCCUGGACCGGCAGAAAGGGCGUAUCAUGUCCCUCUCCUGGCAUCCCUCCGGCACCCGCAUUGCUGUUGGCUCCAUCGACCUUCUCCGAGUCUUUGACGUCAAAUCAGGCCAUGCCAUCCAGCGGAUCCUGGUGGACCGGCGCCCGCAGGGGCUGUACAGCCGUGAGUGCGUGGUGUGGAGCGUGGCAUUCCUCUCCGACGGCACCAUUGUCAGCUCUGAUUCAGUGGGGAAGGUGCAGUUCUGGGACUCGGAGAAAGGAACCCUCCUGGAGACCCACCCAGUCAGCAGCUCGGCUGUGCUGUGUCUCGCUGUGUCUGAGGAAGAAGACAGCAUUGUGGUGGGCACUUCGGAGGGGGCGGUGUACCAGUUCCAGCUGCUGCCGGUGAAGUGGGGCAGUGCUGAGAGCAAGUGGGUGCGGACGAAGCCGUUCCAGCAUCACACCCAUGACGUGCGGGCCGUGGCACACAGCGCGACGGCACUCAUUUCUGGAGGCCUGGAUGCCCAGCUGGUGAUCCGCCCACUCAUGGAGAGGAUGCAUGGAAAGGGCUAUGAUGCUGCCCUCCGGAAAUUCACCUUCCCCCAUCGACGCCUCGUCUCGUGCGCUAGGAAGGACAGGCUCCUCCUCUUCCAGUUCCCCCAACACCUGGAGCUCUGGAGACUUGGAGCCACCAAUUCUGCAGGAAAGGAUGGUGAUAUCCUGCCAGUUUCCCGUGCCCCUGAGCACUUGCUGCAGCUGAAGAGCAAGGGCCCCGAGCACAUCUGUUGCAGCUGCAUCUCUCUGUGUGGCAGCUGGAUCGCCUAUUCCACGGCCUCCAGGCUUCAUCUGCACAGAGUGCACUUGGAGAAUGGCAGCGUCAGUGUCAAGAGGGUCUCCAAGGUGCCCAAGCUGCUGUACUCAGCCCACCAGCUCCUGUUCUCCGCCGACUCCACCAGUCUGUUCGUGGCCUCAGAUCAGGGUGCCGUUCAUGUCCUCAAGCUCCUGGAGCCAGGGGACUGUGGGCACCUGCAGACCCUCCGCCCAAACUCAGGCAGUGCCCAGGCUGUGUACCUGCUGACAGCGAGCGUGGACGGGGACUGGCUGGCUGCUGCUGGUGGGGACUGGGAGAUCAACGUCUACAGCCUGAGACACUUCAAGCCCCACUGCACGGUGCCUGCAUACAACUGCGCAGUGACUGCCCUGGCCAUUCAUCCUGUGACCAAUAACCUCGUCAUCACCCACUCGGACCAGCAGGUGUUUGAAUUCAGCAUCCCCAACAGAGAAUACACCACGUGGAGCAGGAAGGUGCAGCAGCAUGGGCUGCAUAAGGGUUGGCUGGAGCGGGACACACCCAUCACCCAUAUCACCUUUAACCCCAAGCAGCCAGCGCACAUCCUCCUCCAUGACACACACAUGUUCUGCAUCCUGGACAAGUCACUGCCUCUCCCUGAUGAUGCAACCCCACUGAUGAAUCAGACUACCUUGAAGCAACUCUCAGAGAAGGCCAGGCGGAGCUAUGCUCAUGCCUUCAAGAUCUGCAAAAAGUACCAGCCCCUGCUGUUUGUGGACCUCCUGGAGGAGGGCUCCCUUGUGGUGGUGGAGCGGCCCCUGAUGGACAUCAAGACACAGCUGCCCCCACCUGUCCAACAGAAGAAGUUUGGCACCUAAGAGCAGAGCUGGGUGGUCUGCCCAUGGAGACUCUUUGUACUGUUGCUUCCCUGGGGACCUUCGUAAUAAUAAACCCCUGCUGUUCUGUA